UCCUUGGCAUUUAUCCAGGUUAUUUAACAUUUCCCUUUCAGUCACCUUUCACCCUUGAGACGCAACGUUCACAUUUUGUAGUAGCAAUAUUUUACCAAAAGAUUUGCACCACACUAAAAUUUGUCAUGAAUUGCAAAACUAUCCAAUGGGUGUGUCUAAUUUGGUUGGCAAGUCGACCCGUAGAUUGUGAAAUGCCUGAAUUAUUUUACACGCAUAACCGUCUCACAUCCCAAUUCCAUCAUCCAACUCAACCAGGAGAUGCUCCUCACGAGGAGCGGAAGGAGAGUGCAUUCCCAGAAACUGACCGGAUAACAGAUGUCACUCUUCCCGGCUCGGAACCAACCCCCAGCAUGAAUGAUUUCUACGUAAUAGCAGCCAUCUUCAAUCCAGCCUGCUACAAAACUCGGUACGAUCUUUACCGUCGCUUUGAGACACACAUGAAUCAAACGGGAGCUCAGCUUGUCACGAUUGAAGCCAUCUUCCCAGCCAUUGGUCAGGAUGAGUUUCAAGUAACCGAGGAAAAUAACCAAAGUCACAUUCAGAUCCGGUCCCACUCUGUCUACUGGGUGAAAGAAUCGCUCAUCAACAUUGCAGUCUCACGAUUGCCCCCCAAUGCCAAGUAUGUCGCCUGGUUGGAUGCCGACAUAGAGUUUGUACAUGCGGAUUGGGUCAAUCGGACAAAAGCUGCUUUGACUGACAAUCUCAUCGUGCAGGUUUUCGAAACCGCAAAUUUUCUCGGGCCCCACGAUGAGAUCUUGAGAACGGAUCAUUCAUUUGGUUAUUCCUCAGUUAAGGGAAACCAGGAGUGGUAUGCUCAUCCUGGCUACGGUUGGGCAACCACGGUGAAAACCUUCAAGGAAAUGGGUGGUCUCCCAGACUUCGAUAUUACGGGUUCCAACGAUCUACACUUUGCAUUCUCGUUAAUCAACUCCGUCUCUGGUGCCGCGGAACAUUGGCUUAACCCCGCAAUUGAGGAAUAUAUCCUCCAUAAAUCACAAGAAUCAUACAACAAACUUCACCACUUGAGAAAAGAUACUGGAAAAUCAAUUGUAGGAUUCGUGCCAGGGAUGAGGAUAAAUCACUUGUGGCACGGUUCUUGGAAAGAUCGCCAGUACGUGGCUCGAUGGGGAAUCUUGAACAGAAAUAUGUUCAAUUUUACAGCUGAUCUAAUUCGUGGAGAUGAUGGUCUCCUCCGAUUUGUGAAUAACACAAAAUCCAAGCAGUUACAGACCGAAAUAAUGAGUUACUUCCAAAACCGGAAUGAAGACGUAGCAGCAAUUGUGGAGGAGACACAACCAAUUUGUGAGACUAAUUCUACAUCGUGCGGGGUGGAGAUGACACGUUCGUCCAAAUAUGACAAUUAUGGCAAAUCAUCCCCCUCAAGAUGCGAUCUGGGCCAAGUGACGUAUACUUACGCCCCUGACAGUUACACGUAUAGCUACGCAUCCUGUAUGUAUAGCUACUCCUACAGUUAUGCUACAUACAGGUCCCCCCAACCCCAGAAUUCGUCGCUCCACGCCUUUCUGCCAAAUAAUUUGACAGAGGGUUCCCCCAAUUUUGUAGAAAUACCACUCCACAAUUUAAAUAAUGCUUCUUCCAUUGGGAAUGCCAGCAGUUCUGUUACUUCAUCUCAGCCGCUCACAUCAAUUGAUGCCCGCAGUAAAAAAACACAUAUUUUAUCAUUUUUGACACCGCAUAAACAUGAGUCGAAUACAGAAUACAUUAGUAUUUAA